AGAGGCAAAACACACACGCGCACGCUCGGAUCUUCAAAGCCAACCGCCUUUCAUAGUCUCCCUAUUAGCUAAAGAGAUUACAUCUGGGGCCCUGAACCAAAUAAAUAAGUUGAGAGGAGUGUCCACGCUCAUUUAUUUCAGAGGGGCAGAUCUGCUCCACCUCGGGAUCUUCUCAGCACUUCAGUGGAAGGGGAACACACUUUCAAUCAGAGAGGGGGAGAGAGACGCUCAUAGGCUCUGUUACAGAUUGAAGCGCUCCAGAGAGACACAGAAGAGAGCUGGACACAGCAGGGAUUACACGUUUUUUUCCUACUGUGGAUUCCUGUAGCUUCAUCAAGAACAGAUUUGCCGCGGGUUGUUUUGACGUUCUUCACGAGAACAUUUUCAACUCUUGUUUUCUGCUGUCCUCAUUUCCACCAUCCAAAAAAAAGGGGUUCCUUGAGCUCUCCACUGGAUUGUAUGUGGGAGAGGAGGAGUAAGGCAGAUCCCCGUAGAGGUGUUUUGAGUUAUGGAUGUUGACACAUUCCUUUCGGACACGAGGGGAACCAGAUCCAGCCCGAGCAGCGAAGGAAGCGACCGCGGUGUUUGCCACAGACCUUUGGGGCUUCACCUCCUGCCAUCAACCUUUCUCCCUUCCACUUCUUCAGCAUGUACUCUUCUGUGAGGCUUUUCCCAGUCCAACGAGCUCCAGUACAAUGUGCAGAUGGAAAGUGACUAAGGGUUCCUCAGCCUGGUUUCAUCUGUCCUUCUUCUCCCUGCUACUGCUGCUUCUGGUCCUGUGUUCGGCUCUGCCCGUGGCCUGCCAUGACACCCACAGGGCCGCGCGUGACACCAACUCCUCAUCCCCGGCCGUGGUGGGGCGGCACGUGCGCAGCUACAAUCACCUCACGGGCGACGUGCGCAAGAGGAAACUCUUCUCCUACAAGAAGUUCUUUCUCAGGAUCGAUAAAAACGGAAAAGUCAACGGCACCAAAAGCAAGGACGAUCCGUACAGUACACUCGAAAUCAAGUCUGUGGAUGUGGGCAUCGUUGCCAUCAAGGGGAUUCAAAGCAAUUACUACCUUGCAAUUAACAAGAAAGGGGUGGUCUACGGGGCGAGGGAUUUCGGCAUCGACUGCAAGCUGAUAGAGAGGAUAGAGGAGAACAGGUACAACACAUACGCCUCGGCCGAGUGGAGGAACAAAAAAAAGCCGAUGUUCGUGGGUUUGAGCGCCAACGGGAAGCCGAUGAGAGCCAAAAAGACACGGAGAAAAAAUACAGCCACACACUUUCUCCCCAUUCCAAUCGUGUAGCUAGAAACCCAGCAGAGUGGGAACAUUUAACUGCACUGAGAGAAGUCUUGCAAUUUUUUCGACAGUAUAUUGGCCGUUUGGAGCAGAUGGCAUUACGAAAACGAACUAAGAGAACAGACUGUUGUCACAUAUUUGUUUUUAAGUUAUUGGCACCAGGGAAAAAUAUAGGACAUUUUUAUAUGCCAAACCCUUUUCUAGCGAAGAAAAGGUUGGACCAAAGUUGACGGAGAGGUGUCGGACAUAACUGCCGGAAGCCUCCGGGAAUGAACUGAGACCUUGUGUGUAGUUGUGUGUGUGACCUUCGGAUGCAGUUAUUUAUACUGUACUAACUCAUACGAAACACUCUGACGCUCUCAAACUGUGUGAUACAGUGGAGUAAACGUUAUGCAAAUACUUACUGGAAGCACUUGUCCAAGGUGCAAGACUGAGAGACCGAGACGGAGACUCAGCAUCCUUCCAUCUGAAUUUAGUCAAGCUAGCACCAUAGCAUAAACAAAUCUAACAUUAUUAACAUGCAAAGGCCACUGUAUUUCUUAUUUCCAUUCUUUACCUGACUGCUUUUGAAUAAAUUAUUUAUUUUAUGUAAUAUUUAAAGGAAAACAAAGGCAAAAAACAUCAAAUGGACAUUUUUUAUCAUUUAUGCUCCUCUUUAA